AUGGGUGACAUGAAGACCCCAGACUUCGACGACCUGCUGGCAGCUUUCGACAUCCCUGACAUCGACACCAACGAGGCCAUCCGCUCCGGCCACGAGGAGGCCGAUGCCCACAUCAAGCAGGUGCCCGGGGAGCCAGGGCCUGCCGAGCACGGGCUGCCCCACGCGGACAUCACCGCCGUCAGCGUCAUCGUGAAGAACACCGUCUGCCCCGAGCAGCUGGAGGGCCUGGACGGCCGUGCCAAGGACGGGCACCUGCUGGGGCCCCGCCUGCUGCAGAAUGGCUUCGGGGCCGCCGAGAUCCCCAGGUCCCCCACCCCCAGGCCCGUGGAAGCCGUGGCCUCCUCCAACGGGGAGUGCUGGGCCAAGGAGAAAGGCCCCAAGGCUCUGGAUAUCUUCUCCCACUUUAGCCCCGACCCCAACGAAGACAACGCUGCCAACCUGAUCGACAGGCCCCGGGACUGCAAGGCCAAGGAGAAGGGCCUGGCCGUGCCCUCGCUCUCCCCAUCGCCCACCCCCUCCCUGGACUGCAAAGAGCCCAUGGGAGAGGGCACCGAGAGCCUGCCCCCAGCCUUCCCCCAGCCCUUCACCAGCAGCCAGCCGGGGGGGGCGAAUGGGUCCCCGGCCACCGUCCCCUGCGUCAAGAAGGAGGAGUCUGACUCGGAGGAGGUUGGACGUGAAGCCAGUCCCAAGGGGUUGGCUGCAGCCCUGGGGGACAGUCCCUUGGAUCACCUCAAGUCGGUCACCGUUCGCUACUCCACCGAUGAUUCCCCCAUGGCCUCCUGGCCUGGCUCAGACCCAAACCUGGACAGCAGCAACCUUCCCGAGGUGAAACAGUCACCGGCCAGCCCCCGGGAGCACUUCUUCAAGCCUUCCUCCCCCGUGGUGCAGAGCCCCAGGCUCCCCACUUCUCCGAAGCAGCUGGACACCAUCACCCUCAAAGAGGAGCAGGAAGUCCUGGAGAAGUCGAUGGGAAGCCCCCAGAGUAUGUCCAGCGCUGAGGAAGAGGAGGAGGAGGAAGACAACAACAACAAUUCCCCUUCCAAUUCCUCACGGCCCCUGAAGGUGAGGAUUAAAACCAUCAAAACCUCCUGUGGCAGCAUCACCCGGACCGUGACCAGGGUCUCCUCGGACUCAGAGCCAGGUUCCACCAAGGGACCAAGCGAGCAGAGCUCUCAGGAGACCUCCCUGGACGUCACCAGCUUCUCGGCGUCGGAGAAGGAGGAAGGCAUCACUCUGGAGGUGCCCAAGGACAAAACCGAACUCUCCAGCCCCUUGAAAGCCAUCGAGGGCCCCAAGAUCGUCAGCGUCCAACUGGGCAACGGCACCAAGCUGAAGGGCACCGUCCUGCCGGUCUCCACCAUCCAGAGCGCCAGCAGUGCCAUGCUGAUCGCCGCCAGCGUGGCCCAGCAGAAAUCCGUGGUGCUGCCGGCCAAGCCGGGCAAGGCCGUGUCCAAGAACAUCAUCAACCUGGUGCCACAGACCCUGCCCAAGGCCGACGCCAGGACCAACGCCAGCCCUGCGGCGCAGACCACCGCCGGCGCCCACCAGAAGGUCAACGGCGCCGCGGUGGUGAUGGUGCAGCCGCAGAAGCCUUCCCCUGCGGUCGCCGGCACCGUCAUCUCCCGCAGCCAAUCCAGCCUGGUGGAGGCCUUCAACAAGAUCCUCAACGGCAAGAACCUUCUGCCCACCUACAAACCCAACCUCAGCCCUCCGGCCGACGCCGGCCUGGCCCUGCCGCCCUUCGGCUACCGCUGCCUGGAGUGCGGCGACUCCUUCGCGCUGGAGCAGAGCCUGGCGCGGCACUACGACCGCCGCAGCAUGCGGAUCGAGGUCACCUGCAACCACUGCACCAAGCGCUUGGUCUUCUUCAACAAGUGCAGCCUGCUGCUGCACGCCCGCGAGCACAAGGACAAGGGGCUGGUGAUGCAGUGCUCGCACCUGGUGAUGAGGCCGAUCGCCCUGGAGCAGAUGAUCGGCCAGCCGGACAUCACCCCCCUGCUCUCCGUCGCCUCCCUCCCCGCCGGCAAGGUCGCCGCCGCCGGCGUGGCGCAGGAGGCCCUGAGCGCGGCCAACGGGGCCCAGGACCUGCCGGUCCUGCCCCUGAGCAACAGCUUCGAGCAGAGCAGCUACAGCUGCUUCAGGUGCUUGGAGUGCAAGGAGCAGUGCAAGGACAAAGCUGGGCUGGCGGCGCACUUCCAGCAGGCUGGGGCCGGGGGCAGCGCCAGCAGCACGGUCUGCACCACCUGUCCCAUGAUCAUGGCCAACCGCUGCAGCUUCAACGCCCACCAGAGGAUGCACAAAAAUCAUCCUCCCCACGUCUGCCCCGAGUGCGGCGGCAACUUCCUGCUGGCCAACUUCGAGGCUCACCUGAAGGAGUCCUGCCUGCACUUCUCCCGCAGGGUGGGCUACAGGUGUCCCAGCUGCGCUGUGGUCUUCGGAGGAGUCAACUCCAUCAAGUCCCACAUCCAGACCUCCCACUGUGAGGUGUUCCACAAGUGCCCCAUCUGCCCCAUGGCAUUCAAGUCGGCCCCCAGUGCCCAUGCCCACGUCUACACCCAGCACCCCGGCUUCAGCAACCAGCAGUCCAAGAUGAUUUACAAGUGUGCCAUGUGUGACACAGUCUUCACCCACAAGCCCCUGCUCUCCUCCCACUUCGACCAGCACCUCCUCAACCAGCGAGUCAGCGUCUUCAAGUGCCCUGACUGCCCUCUGCUCUUCGCCCAGAAGCGCACAAUGCUGGAGCACCUCAAGAACACUCACCAGCCCCAGAAGCCCAAGGAGGACCUGGCAAAGAAGGCAACCAUCCUGCUGACCCCCAAGCAGGAGCCUGUGGAGACUCCAGUGUCCAAGAUCUCGGAGGAGUCCUCAUCCUCCUCGGAGGAGGACGACCCCCCCAGCUCCCCGGAGCUGCGCAAGGCCAAGCGGAGUCGCUUCCAGCGCAAGGCAGGGAACAAGUCCAAGGGCAGUGGCUGGACCUGCGGCGUCUGCCACUCCUGGUUCCCUGAGCGUGAUGAGUAUGUGGCACACAUGAAGAAGGACCAUGGCAAGUCAGUGAAGAAGUUCCCCUGCCACCUGUGCGAGCGCUCCUUCUGCUCUGCCCCCAGCCUGCGCCGCCACGUCAGGGUCAACCACGAAGGGAUCAAGAGAGUCUACCCCUGCAGGUACUGCACAGAGGGCAAAAGGACCUUCAGCAGCCGACUCAUCCUGGAGAAGCACAUCCAGGUGCGGCAUGGGAUCAAGGUGACCGACCAGGCCAAGAGCCAGGAGGUCGUCAUCGCCCGGAUAGGGACCGGCACCGCCCAGGUGCCCGGCCGCAAGCGGAGGCUCUCCUCGGACGAGGGCGACUCCUGCAGCGAGGAGCCCGACAGCACCACCCCCCCCUCCAAGACCCCCAGGGGCGAGCGCAAGGCUCCCUUCCGCUGCCGCAAGUGUGGCUACCUGGCCAGCAGCGCCGCAGACUUCCAGGAGCACAUCCCCCAGCACCGGACUGACGACAGCUCCCAGCAGUGCCGCGAGUGCGGCCUCUGCUUCACCUCCCAGGUCUCCCUCAACCGGCAUCGCUUCAUCACCCACAAGAAGAAGAAGGGCACGGCCGAGCCGGAGGAGCCGGGGCCCAGGAGCCCCCUGGAGGGUGGCGCCCAGCCGGCGGCCGACGGCAAACUGUCGUGCAAGGUGUGCGGCCGCGGCUUCGACAGCCAGCUCAACCUCAAGACACAUUUCCGUACCCACGGCAUGGCCUUCAUCCGUGCCCGCCAGAAUGCCAGCCCUGACAACUAG